UCUCACGUUUUUGUUUUAUUGUUUUCCCCCUUUUCUCUUCUACCCGUACAACACACCACCAGCAACAACAACAACUCGCAUAUGGCGUCGCUUGACGGAACAACCGAUCCCAAUCGAAAAUGGGCCGGUCGGCCUCAAAGCUCGACACUUCCUGGAAGGAACCAGAAACCACCACGAAUGGUCGACAAGGAACUACAGCGUAUCAAAAGACUCGCCGUCGUUUCGGGUCUCAACAAAGCAUUUUCACAAGAACCACAGCCCAUCAUCAGCAGCAGCAGCAACAGUGGCGGCGUCGGCGCGGGUCCCACCCCAUCCUCAUCGUCCGUAUCCAGCAUGACAUCGUCCAUGCCGCAUCGUCCAUCGACCGUAUGCGGUUUAUCCGACCUUCGCCAACCACAACAAACACAGUCAUCCGUCGUUUCGAGCACUUUAAGCCAGCGAAGCAGCGGCAGCAGUCUUCACUUUGAUUAUAUGCAAUACAAACGGCAAAUGAAGCGACGAUCUCAUACGACGCCUGUUCAGAAAUCCAAGGCUGUUGUUCUGGAUGAGUUGGAAAAGGAUUUACUGGUCAUGUUUGAAGAGGCGUAUCUUCGUGCCAUCAGCGGCGCCAACGGCAACGGCGGCGUCGGCGUUGCACACUCGGUUGCCACCCAGGAAAUGGAUGCAGACAGGAUCGACAGCUGGGUGGUAAGUGUUCUGCCAUCGGUCGCGACCAAUCCAAACCCUGAGAGCCAUCAUCAGGAAGACGAUGUAGUUGACGAUCAUCACCACCAAAACCAUGCGGAGAGCAAAGAUCAGCACAAUAGCAAAAGCAGUACCAACCAUCAUAAUGAAAAUGGCGAAGGGCGUGUCAAGGAACUUGAAGCGACCGUGAAGCGAUUAAAUCAGGCGCAACAGCAGCACACCCAAUGGGAGCAGAGCAUUCAGCAGGUUGUUGCGACGUAUAUGGAGCAAAAGGAGACAGAAGCUGGCAAGGCACGGCAACUCUCUCAGGUCGUGCUUAAGCAAGAGCGCCUGAUUGAGCAAAUGCAGAACCAUCUUGACCAGGUUGUGGCUGCAAAUGCUAAUCUGCGGUCCUGUUUUCAGGAGAAUAGUUCAUGGGGUCAGAUGGUCGAGUCGGCACGUGAUGAGCUGACCGAGAUUAAGACAGAGAUCUCCGUGCUGACAGAAACCAAACAGAGUUUGGAGGAGGCGAUCGCGGGUUUGCAAGCCGAACUAGGCAAAAGCCAGCGCCAGGUCCAGACAUCUUUUGACACAACACAAAAGCUCGAGUCCGAAUGUCAAUCACAGCGGCACGAUAUCGACGAGAAACUGGAAGCUUUGAAACGGCAGUUAUCGGAGAAGGACACUCUGCUUCAAAAGUACCGUAUCUAUGGCGACCAGCAGCAGCAAAAACAGCAGCAUCCUUUGGAUGUCACAAUGCCGCGGUCACCUAGCGACGAGUCUGUUGCCGUAGCGACUAGCAAUAGCAACAGCAGCGACAAGCGAACAUCUAAGGGUGGUCCAGACACUCGUCGAUCAUCGUAUGCUUCUGUCACCAGCACAAGCAUACCAAGACCUCCUCCACGCGGCAGUCGACGAAGCAGCGCAAACACAACAUCGAGCUCACGACGAUCCUAUAUUGCACGAUGGACAGGCGGACCACUGCCACCGGCUGCACCACCACCAACGGAUCCCCUGCCACCUAUCCCGGUAGAGAUGGACAAACAGCGCGGUGUAUCGAACGACAGCAGCAGUAUAUCCCAUAUUAACUCGCCCACAUCUCUAUCCUCUGCAUCAUUACCAAACAACUACAAGGUCGUCAACCGGCCCUCCAUCGACUCUUCAGCUGCUCUUUCUGUGGAUGAGGAGGAGGCUUACCGCGAGUUUGCUGAACAGCUGCAGGCACGUUUGUCUGUGUCUAAGGAGAUCGACGAGCUUCAGGUCUGGCAGCCUAACGAUUUUGAUGAAGUCCAAAAGCGAAUUGACGCCAAAUGGGGUGACAUGCAGGAUGACGACAGCAAGCGUCACAGCCUUGCAACACUGGCAUCCAAAGAUGGCGGUGCCUUCUGGCGAGGCAUGAAGAAGAAACUGCGAGUUUAAAAAGCAGUGACUCGUUUCCAACUCCCUGACAGACACACAUAGCACUCACCUACUAUUCACUCGCAUUACCACACGCCACAUUACCAUCUUCGCCAUCUUACAUGUCUUCACUUUGAACCCGACCUCACGCUACUACUACUACUACUACUAUCGCUACUUCUACACUAGUAAUCUCUUUCCCACAAAAUACCCACUUCAUCGUAUAUUCAUUUCUGUCUAGUAUAAUGUAUUUUCAUUGUUUUGUAUGCCUCUUUGUUUUCUCGUUGU